AUGCGCGCGAGCGACUCGGACCUGCGCUACGUCGGCGGCGACCACUGGGCCGCCAUCUUGGACAGCAUCACCGACCUCAGGGACCACCUCGACCGAGACGAGCAGUUUCGGCUAGUCGGCGAUGGCAGCGACACAGCGCAGAACGAGGCGAGCGUCGGGGAGAGCGCCAAUGGAUUACCGAGGUGGCGGUCGCCUCACGCCAUGCUCCUGUACGGUGCCUCGCGGCCAACUUCGCGAGCUGAUGUCCUCGCGGCUCUGCCACCCAAGGUCGUUGUAGACCGCUACGUUGCGCGGUACUUUAACAGCUUGGAGCUGGCAUCGUGUAUCGUCCACGGCCCGACGUUCCUUAAAGAGUAUGAAGCAUUCUGGGCCAACCCGUCGUCUGUCCCGAUUAUGUGGAUCGGCCUGCUCUUCAGCAUCAUCGGCCUCGCGGUCGUCACCUCGGAUACAACAGAUAACAGCACAAACAACAGCAUCAACAGCGGUGACAUAGAACAGCAAGCCCUCCGGUUCGACCUCUACCGCGAAAAGACCGUGCAAUGCCUCAUCAGCGGCGAGUACACCAACGCCGGGCCCCACGCCCUCGAGACAAUCCUCCACUACCUACACAUUGAGUUUGCCGCCCGCGCCGACGCCGACCGCGACGCAUGGCUGCUGCUCGCCCUGGCCGUCAACCUCGCCCUGCGCGCGGGCUACCACCGCGACCCGGACCACUUCCCCGGCAUGCGCAUGUCGGCCCUGCAGCGCGAGAUGCGCCGCCGGGUCUGGGCCACGGUCCUGCAGGCCGAUGUGCUCAUCUCGACGCAGAUGGGCAUGCCGCGCAUGGUCGCGGACAGCAAGUGGGAUGCGGCCGAGCCGGAGAACUACAACGACGCGGAUCUGGAGCCGGAUGCGAUGGAACUGCCGCCCCCAAGGCCCGAGACGGAAUUCACUACAUCGCUAGGUAUUAUUGCCCGCAGGAGGAUGUUAUUAGCGGUGGGCACCAUUUCGGAUAUCAUGUCUGCGACCGCGUCAUGUAGCUACGCCGACGUGAUGAACGCAGACAGCCUCUUACACGACGCCGCAGCCAGCAUCCCACCACCGCUGAAACCAAAAUCCCUAGCAGCAAGCAUCACAGACUCUCCACAUAUCAUCACCGGCCGGCUCUUCAUCAGCCACGUCUUCCACAAGGGGCAAAUCAUGCUCCACCGACGCUUCCUACACGCGCAGUCGCCCGCUUCCGAGCGAGACGCCUUCGCCUACUCGCGCAAAGCCUGCCUCGAGGCCUCCCUCGAGACCUUGCAGAUCCAGCACAUCCUCGACGAGGAAACACGCCCGGGAGGCCAGCUGCACAGCAUGCGCUGGCGGCUGAGCUCCAUCAUGAACCACCAGUUCCUCACGGCCACGAUGAUACUGUGCUCGCUACUGCACCGAGGGCGGGCGAUGCAGCGGACGGAUGAGAUCGUGCCGGCGCUGCACAGGGCGAGGGCGACAUGGACGAGGGGUAGCGUGCGGUCUCGCGAGGCGAAGCGUGCUGCGGAGACGGUCAAUUUCGUCCUGGCCCGGGCCGUGGGAUCUGGGAACGGUCUUGACGCUGGAAAGGGUGUUGACACCGGCACACUCGUCGACGGGACGGAUCAGAGCACGAUGUCGACCCUUUUCGAGGACAUGGGCGAGUACGACACCGGCCCGUGGUUCGACAGGCAGGACAUGGAUCUCAUGCUCCAGGAGGAGGAUUUUGGUCUCUUUCAACCCAACGGCUUCAUCAUGCCGACACUUUUGAAGGCACCAUCAACCCCCGACCAAACGAACAAGGCCACCCGCUUUCCUAUAAGCAGUCUCGACUCGGCCUUGGGAUCUGCGGACGAAGUAUCGACACACAGGCUUGAAACGGCAUUAUAG